AUGUUGGUAACUACUCGCCACAUAUUCCGACGCUUUGCUACAUCAUCACGACUUCUGGAUGCGACCAGAAAGAAGACAGUAGAAGAUAUGACGCAAGAGAUGCUUCAAGUGAAUGAAACAUUUCUGAGCUUCGUUAAUAUCAUUAAGUGAAUUCCAGAUGCCGGUUUCUCGAAUCCCUCCCACAGUUCAACGUCUCGCUAGUUCCCUGAAGAUGCGAUUUCAACGAGACGACCUCGAUCAAUCGGUGAAAUCCAUUCUGGACCGCGCUUCGGCACAAUUGUACUACAAUUGCGCGGACAACUUUGAUUUCCCUAAGCUCUGUGAUGCAUUCGGACUCGGAGAUUACAUGUCUUCAUGGUAAACCAGCACCGAUAGUUUUGAUCUAGAAGCAACCAACUUUCAGGUACAAAUUGACACUCAUGCACACGUGGAUGGUACUGAUGCGAUUGCACUCGGAAUUCGACGGGAAAGCGUACAUGAGAUUACAAAGAGGACUUUUGUCAACGAUGUGGCUGGAUAUCGAUAACAGACUGGGAAUUGUGAGCAAAGAAUUAGGCCAAGUGAUGACAGGACAGACAGACAUGAAACACAUGCACGGAUUGCACUUGCAGACGUUCUUCGAGUUUGACGAGGUUUUUUUAUUCGCUAGUUCAUUUUAAACUAUUGAUUGAAAUGUCUUCAGGGAUUCCUUCACGACGACCGAGUUCUGGCUGGGGCCGUAUGGAGGUGUCUAUACAUGAGCCGCCCGGUCGAUCCCAUAAACCUGCUCAAAGUGGUCUCCUACAUUCGCUCGACGGCUGCGUGGCUGGAAACGCAAGAUACGAAUUCUAUUGUUGUCGAAGGAAUCGCCGAAUGGAAACAACUACGGGCCACUUCUUGA